CAGUAGUAGGGAGAGGUCCUGUUGAAGAUGAGGAUAUAAGUCCUGGCAUGAGGAGCCUGAGACCAGAAGCUUCUCCAGCUGAGAAGAGAGAUGGAGUUCAGGAUGAGGUUCACAUUACUGAUGCUCUGCUGCUCUUAUGCUGCUGUGGCCACAGCUCAAGUGACAGAGAUGCCAGGAUGGGCAACUCAGACAUCAGCAGGUAAACCUGAAUUAUGUUUCCUUCCCCCGGAUGAGGGAACAAGUGAAGAUGGAAUGUUCAUGAUCUACCUCCACUACGACGCUGUGAAGGACAAGUGCUACCCGUUCAAGUACUACGGCAGUGGAGGCAAUGCCAACCGCUUUGAGUCUGAAAGGGACUGCAUACGGAACUGCUCUGCCAACGCUAACACUCUAUACCCCUCCCCAGAAUCUAAGGCCUGCCACCUACCCAAGGCUUCGGGGGAGUGUUUUGGUCAGUAUCUGCGUUAUUACUACGACGCGAGAGAUGCGAGAAGUUCGUCUGGACAGGCUGUGUUGGCAACGGCAACCGCUUCCUGGACCAGCUGUCCUGCAAUAGCACAUGCCAUGGCAUCGAAGAUCCUGAGAAGCCUGUGGCGAAGCAGCUGGAGGACUUGGUGGCAAAGGCAGACGCCUGAAGAACCCACUGAUGAUGUCAUCAGCCCAAACUAAUCAAUCAUCUCUUUUCCUCUUCAACUAUCUACCAACCAUGUCUGCCACAGAGGCACUCUAUGGCACUCUAUACAUACAAUAGGUUUCCAUUUUACAAACAUUCGUGCUGUGAGGAGGGGCAAGAAGCUAAGCAGCCAACCAUGUUUGCAUUUUUUUGAGUGACAGCAGUUUCCAACAAUUAGAGAUUGAGGAGUGCCCUGUCAGGGGCGGCAGCCAGAGAUUCUUUACAAAUAGGAAACCCAUGUUUGAUGAAAUUAUUUUAUUGCUCUCUUUUCCUUCUAUAUACUUUCAAAUGAUUAUUAAAGCAUUCCAAAAGGC